UUCGAGUAAAAAGGGAAAAGAAACAGCCGAAACUCUGGCUCCCAUACAGUUGAGCGGCGGUAGUGUGUCCGACAGUGUGGAGAAUUCGCAGGACAGCAUGGAGAACGGAGACGACUCCGCUUCUGCUCGAUUGGAAAAGAGCUCGUCCUCCUCCACAAAUGGCACACUUAACCCCCGCAAACCACCGAAUUGCGCGCGUUGUCGCAACCAUCAGCUAAAGAUCGCUGUGAAAGGGCACAAGAGAUAUUGUAGGUAUCGUUAUUGCAAGUGCGACAGCUGUAAGCUGACAGCGGAUCGGCAACGGGUGAUGGCGAGACAAACUGCGCUGAGAAGAGCCCUGGCGCUUGACGAAGUCAGAGUCAGGGCAGCCGAGGAGCAGGUGGAUCCACCGCCAUUCGGGGUGGAAGGUGAUCGACUUCCUUCGGUUCCUCAGCCAGCUAGAAGUCUCGAGGGUAGUUACGACAGCAGCAGUGGAGAUUCGCCUAUCAGCAAUCAUGGCAAUAACGGUGUGCACAGUAACCUAGGCGCUGUCAUCAGUAUACCUACUUCCAGAAAAUUACCCCCGUUGCACCCUCACACUGGUACCACCACCCAUUUGCAGCAGUCGCAGAGCGGUGACACCGUGGAAAUUAUGCUGGAAUAUAGUACCAAGCUUCUAGAACUCUUCCAAUAUCCUUGGGAAAUGCUACCAUUGAUGUAUGUCAUUUUGAAAGAUGCUGGGGGUAAUCUUGAAGAGGCUAUGAGGCGCAUAGUGGAGGGUACCAACGAGAUCCGGGCAAUGCACUUCUGGAAAGCAGUAAGAAUGGUCCAAUCCGGCCGGUCCACGUAUUGCUGCACCGGAUACACUGCACCUACUGGUGCACCUACUUACGAGGGGCAGGUACCCUACAUAGGAGUUCCACCACCCCCGAGUGGUGUCCACCUCAGGCCAAUUCUGCAUCCCUUGAAUGCUCACAUGUCGGUCAACAGAGUACCGCCCAGCCCUGACAGUCCUCCAGAACAUUCUACUACGUAGCCAUGGUGAGAUCGAUUACCGACCAGUCGGUGAAGUAAAGCGACUGGAAGAACAGGUCGAAUCCAAAGAGAAACGACGUCGUGUUAAAGCGAAGGAAAUAGGAGGGGCCCUGGUAGAAGAGGAAUCGGUAUACAGAAAGGAAAAGAAACGUUACUUCUCAGUGUUAUUUCGUUCGCUCUCGUUGUUCCCCGAAUAGUUCGAAUCCUCAGCAUCAACCAUCGUUUUCGUAUACCCUUAGGAAAUUUCCGGUUCAACCGGAACCGUGUGUUGUUAUUUCACUCCUCGUUGGUAGCCUCGAGGGUACACAGGUUACUCGAUUCAAUCGACGAUUCUCCAUCCGGCGGAAGACGAUCACGAACGGGACUGAAGCUCCUCUUCCUGAGACGAGACACUUGGCUCGAAAGUGGCCUGUUCCGAGAGGAACGCGAGUUUACAGACUAUCGACGAGAAGGAAUCGGUGUCUCAAGGUUGUCUUCGUUCGGGCAACAACGUCGCGAUUCGUGCUCAUGUUUCGAACACGAAGGGAUCCAGCCGCAAACAAAUCGAGAGAGAGAAAGAAAGAGGCAGAGAGAAAGGGAGAGUACGUUGUAUUCAGCAUAGGCUUCUUCGCGUUAUUUCUCUCUUCUUUGGGAUGUUUUUUUAUUUUUCAUUUUUCUUUUCUUUUUUUUCUUCCUUUUUCUUUCGCUGACCAAGAGAACAAGAAAAUCAUGAAACGUUUUUGUGAGUGGUUCGUGGGAUGCCGUGGGGUUCACGGACAACGUACACCUCGGGCAUCCCUCGUCCUUGCACGUCCUUCGGUUCGUUGAUCGAAUCUGUCUCCCCACCUCUCUCUUUUGUCUUCUCUCUCUAUAUAUCUUUCAAAUCGAUCUUCUUUUUUUCGCGCUAAAUAUUCGCUCUGUAGAGCACGGAUCGACGUUGUCAAGAUAGGGGAACAGGACAUGCGUUUGGAGCCGCUUCGUACAGCGCCGGGCACGGGGAGCAUCCUUGGGGCAAGUGGCACUGGACCGAAGGAGAUCCCUACCACCUUUAGAAAAUUUUAUUUAACGCUUCAGAUAUUUGAAUUUUGAAAAUUUUCUGAAUUGUCAGGAUUCUAUGGUCUCCUUUACUUAUAUCGCCAUUUUCUUUUAGGAAGCCCUCUUUGCUCGUCGGUGUACAGUUACAAAAGAUGCGCCUCGCCGACCGGUUACCAGAAUCCAGUCGUAAAACGCCGAUCACUUCACGGUUUUCACGAUGAUCGAGCACCGAUCGCGUACGGUAUAUUUCGCAUACAAGAUUCAGCCAAUGUCCUCUGGCUUAUAGGUAACUUUGUAUAGGAAAGCCCAUAUGGGAUUCAGGAGGCGCGAUGGCUACCAUUGAUGGCCGCGGUUCCACGAGACCGGGCUCAUUUUCUACCCCUUCCUGUCAAACAAAUUUCGAAACUGGAUCCCAUUGAUGAUCCCGAUCAAUAUUUUGCCAAUCUGAGGGCGUCGACGAGCCUCGUAUAUAAUCGAAAGGAGGUUUGUGUUCAUACGAACGCAUUACUGUACCGUGGAAGCGACAAAUCGUGUGAUUUAGGAGGCAAAGGUAAUCGAAAAGAUUUCUGGUUUAACAGCCAUGGAAGAGAUUCGAGACCCGGCUCUCCUGUAAUAUAUUGAAAUUUCAUUCUCGGCCGAACGUCCGGCUGGUUUUUAUUCUUGUCAAUUUGCAACGUUGCUUUAUUACUUAUAUUCAAAUGAAACUAGUCGCACACCUGUCCUGGCAUAGCCGAUUUGGCUAAUAGGUGAAUUAAAGUUAAUGCAACUUGGAUCCAAAAACGUGUUUUCCAGGAGGUUUAUGGCCUGUCUACAAAGCUUGGAUAGAAAUUCAAUUUUUCACUCGAAUUAAACACGCUUCUCUGCUUGACGUGUAAUCAAUUUUAACCUUUUCCCUGCUGCAUCUGUUAUAAAGUAUCAUUUCGAUUUAAUCUUUAUUACUUAUAUGUAGUGAUGCUCUUGAGGUACAUCUUCAUUUCAUGGCUCGAUAACUAAUUCUGCAUAGAUUAUGUGUAUCUUCGACGAUAUGUAUGUACUUACAGGAUGAUGCAAAAAUUAGGAAUAGAUUUUAAAUAACUUUAGUAUUCCAAAAUGAUAACAUAUGAUUAAUAAAGAUUAUUUUUAAUAAUAAAUAGAGGGAGGUUCUUUGGAUUCUAAAUUUAAAAUAAAAUUCUGCAAUUUUAUUUUGCAUAAAAUCAUGUAACCUUCCAUAAUAAAUCUCCAAGAUGUGUUUUGUAAAUUCUAAAUGAUUAAAUUAGGAGUCAAUUUGUAAUUAAUAAAAAUCUAUCUUAAGAUGAUUCCAUAAUUUUGUCUAGGAGCGUACGCAGCGAAAGGGUUACAUCUCGAUCGAAUACACAUCACAUUACAGAAAAUAAUUGAGAGUACAAAGCUACUGUUCGUUGAACAGUAAAAGAGAAAAUACUGUCGUUUAAUAAAAAGUAGAUCCGUGUCGAUAGGAGGUGAUCAAGAAAUCGGCGGAUGCGUCAGUUGCAUGACCGAAAUGCAAUAAAACGGCCGCUCAAAAACUGGUCAUUCCAUCUCGCGGCAAAUUAAUUUUCAAAUAAGAAUAUCGAGGGCUGUUUUAUUCUUUCGCCCCCUUUUUUUUCUCCCCCCUAUUCCCGAGCUCCUCCUCUGUUUUUUCUCUCUCCACGUUGCCGUUCUCCUCCCUUCCUCCUGCUCCUUCCUUUUUCUCCUCUUUUAUUUUUCAUCCUUCUUUUCGUACAGCGGGAACACGUUCCGAGUAACAAUUUGAUGCGAAGCCUGAUUGGUUAUUACCGUACCGAGCUUAAUGACUCGACCCGUUUAAAUGAAUUUGCUUCCCGAUAAUGAGCAUGCGUGCCUCCAAUAUUUAUCAUUACCCGUGGCCCGGUCUCUCACCGCUUAAUUUGCAAUAACAGGAUUUUAUUUACAAACUGAUGCUCGUCGUCUCGGUUUCGUUUUGUCCGCGGCCCUUUGGCCAACCAUCCGAAGCAAAAAGGGUCACUGCACCUGGUGGAUACCUUGUUGGACAUUGUGGCCAUUUUUGUCUUUAGUCACGCACGUUCAUGCAGGAUUAAAAAAAAAAAAAAAAGAACUUAGAGUAUCACGAUGUAGAUAGCGAGAGAGAAGUGGGACCGGUGUACCGUAAGUGGUACGACCAAAUAAUAAAUGAAUUACAGACAGUGAUUCCGAUGGAUGCAAUUUGCCGGAAGAGAAAUCGUUUUAUUCGGUGAGGUAUUAUAUUGAUAACGAUAAAUAAGAAUUCUUGGCACACAUGGUACGUUCAGGGAAUAGCGUGAGCGAUUAGCAUGGCGUCGAUUUUUUAUUCGUUUAAGUUCCUUGGUUAGAAAGUGCGACGCUUAUAAAUGCGAAUAUGAUUUCGUGAAAAAGAGUAAAAGAAAAAUUCUUCGUGACACUUGACAGGAAUUCGAAAUAUUAUUUUUCUUUCCUCACGUUAAACUUGAUUGAAAAUGAAUUUUUUUUUUGUUACGAUGAAUUUUUUCGUUUCCUUUUAUGUUUGUAUAAGUAACGAUUUCUAUUGUUGUUUCGAUGAAUAAUUAAACCAACUGUACAGCGAAAUUUAAUAUUUUUAAAAUUAUAGCAUUGUUACGUAUAUAGAUGUUUGUUAAAUUUUUCUGAACAAAGGUGUAGUUCCUUCUACUUGAAACUUGAAUGUUUGUAUCGCGAAAGAUGUGUAUUUAUUAAUCGAUUAAGGAGUUCAAUUAUCAGUUUGUAUUUCUUCUGUAGCGACGGAUAGUAAAGCAUAAGCAGUUUAAACUACAAAUUAUAGGAAAUGCAGAAAAAAUAUAUAAUAUGCAAUAGCGUUAUGUCCAAUUUCAACGUACUAAAAAUUGACUAAUGGUAUUAGCCGAAGGGCAGCGAUACUUUUAAUUUAGUCUCAUUCAUUUCUCCUCUUUUAAAAGUGUGCAAUAAAAAUAUGUUUCUACCGAAUUUAUUCGUACAGCUUUGCGGAAAUAUUCGUUUCGAAGAUACAUCGUGAUUCAUACGCUCGUAAUCGAAUGUUAAUUAAGCAAAUUUAAGCCAUUUAUUUUAUUCCAUUCUUUAUUUGUACUUAUGGGUAAUGUAAUAAGAUAUAAACUUCAGUAUGUUA